UGACUUCUGGGCCUCAACUCUAUUCAUUUCUAGAGAGAGAAACCAAGAGACAGAGAUAGAAAGAACACAAGAAGCCGUGUAUCAGUCUCAAUUUGCGGAUGUUGUUGUAAUUGUUAUCUGAAUGGAUCGAUAGAAAAGCAACAGAAGAAAGUGAAACAAUGGAAAACAUCGAUCUCUCCCUGAAGCUGAAGCUGGAUGCACGACAACAAGCAAACAACAAGCCCGCAAAGGACAUUGAAUCAAAGCAGCUUCAAGAAGCUAAUAAGAAAAGUGCUAGUCCUGAGGGUGAAAGUUCUGAGGAGAGCUUCAAGACACAUCAAGAUCAGCUGAUGAUGAGUAGCCUGAAGCUGCGGAUGAAUGAGAUGAAGGAGGAGAACAAGAUGUUACGGGGCGCAGUCGAGCAAACUAUCAAGGAUUACACUGAUCUGCAAGCAAAAAUUUCCAUCAUUCAGCGAAAUAGUAGUCGUCACAAUAAGAAGGAUCCCAACAUAGAUUUCUCCCUCAUGAUUGGAAAUCAAAAGGGUGGUCAUGAGGUUACUGAACAAGGGAGUAAAAUUAGUCCGAGGAGUGUAGGUAGUUUUAAUCAGACAGCAUCAGUAGUUUCGUCCGAUGAGCCACACAUGGAUGACACAGAAAAGGAACAAGUAGGGUUAUCUUUGAGGCUGCAAAGCUCGUCGAGCAAAGUGGAAGGAGACGACGAGAGAGUGGAGAAAACGAAAGACGUGAUGAUGAGGGGAUUACAAGCUCAGCUACACAGCAACAUUAUGAGCAGUAGUACUAUCAAUUCUCAACACAAUAAAAGAGCUAGGGUUUCUGUGAGGGCAAGAUGUGAAGCAGCCACUAUGAACGAUGGAUGCCAAUGGAGAAAAUACGGCCAGAAGAUUGCUAAAGGAAACCCUUGCCCUCGAGCCUACUAUCGUUGCACCGUAGCACCAGGAUGCCCCGUCAGGAAACAGGUUCAAAGGUGUUUAGAAGACAGGUCGAUACUGAUCACAACAUACGAAGGAACACACAACCAUCCACUUCCAGUAGGUGCAACAGCAAUGGCAUCAACAACAUCAGGCGCAGCAUCCUUCAUGCUGUUGGACUCGAGCAAUCCGCUCUCCAACAUCGGAACACUAUCACCCUCCAUCAACCAACUACACUUCCCUAAUUACCAAAGCAUUGGCCCUCAUCAAUUGAUGAACCCCUCUUCUCCUUACCUCCCAAUUAGCCCUAACCCUAAUUUUCAUCAUGACCCUUAUUCUAAAGGCAUUGUACUUGAUCUCACAAACAAUGCUAGCAGCAGCUCUUCAAACCCCAUCCCCCAAUUCGGCUAUUCUUGGAAUUAUAUGCCUAAACAAGGUGGAAACUUCAAUGUGAGCCAACUCUUCUCAAGCCCUAAUAAUAGAGUAGUGGAAGAGAGAGCUGAGGACUCAUCCAAAGGUGAUCAAGGGAAUAAUACUAGUAAUAAUAAUAAACCAUUCAUGUUAGAUGAUGAAAAUGUGAGUGCAAUUGCAUCUGACCCUAAGUUAAUUAGGGUUGCUGUUGCAGCAGCCAUUUCCACAGUACUCAUUAACAAAGAAACCCAAACAAGUGGAAAUGGGAGCCCUAGGGAUAAUACAUGGGUCCUCGAAUCGGGUAACGCGGUCCAGCGGUAGCUAUCUAGCUAGAUAGCCAUAAAUUAAGGAAUCUGAAAUUAAGGUUUGAUCAGAGAUAGAUACAGAUGCGUUGAAUUACUUGUAGAUUAUUAUGUGAUAUAUAUAUAUAUAUAUAUAUUUAUUGGGAUUAUUAUUUAUAAUUUAGUUUAGAUUUUUGUCAGAUGAUGAUCUCCAUGCAUGUGAAGCAUUGACUGUUGUAGAACUCAAGAACUUCAACAUUUGAAAGGAUAUAUAUAUAUAUAGUUCACGUACUUAUUACAUAUUUUUGUAGUUAGCUUUCCAAGAAAUAUGGAUCUGAGACAUUUGGUUCUGU